AUUUGUCACUGAUUCUGACAUAUCAUUUCAUGUCUUGGAACGUUUACAGUAUCAGAUAAAAUUAGGAAGAGAAAUCCUAUAGACGAAUUUAAAUAUGCGUUUAAACUCUUUACGGCCAAUUCAGAAUCUUGUAAAAUAUCCCUAGAAAACUUACAAGAUAUUAAUCGAAGAACUCAAAGCGGAUUAUCGGAUGAUGAGAUGCGUUCUAUGAUUGAAGAGUUUGAUAUUGAUCUUGACGGAUUGAUUGACGAAGCUGAGUUUUUGGAGAUAAUGAUGCAGUCUGAAUAUUGAAUUUACGAUUAAAUAUUGUUUAAGUGAACUGAGUUAUAAAUUUUCGUUUAGUUGGUAAAGCAUUCACAAAGUCUUUUGAGAAAAACAAAGAAACAUGAACUCAGCUAUUGAUUGGGACUCUGAACAUCGGCGAACGCUGUUGGAUAGUCGAGCUACUCUAGAGCGCUCAGGAUCGUCAGUAAUACGAUCUCAGCGAAUAGCAGUCGAUACUGAACAAAUUGGAACAGAAGUAAUAGCAGACUUGGGAGAACAGCGAGAGACAUUGCUAAGAGCCAAGAGACGCUUAUCACAAACAGAUCAAGAGCUGACCAGAACACAAAGAAUUCUUCGGGCUAUGACCAGGAGAGUGUUGACCAAUAAGUUUAUUUUGAUUUUAAUUAUCCUCCUUGAACUUGGAAUUCUUACCGCCGUUGUGUAUCUCAAAUUCUUUAGACACUGAAUAUUUCCUAUUUCAUCCUUACUCUGUGUUUUCCAGUUUGACAGUGAGCUUUAAUGUAAGUUUUGUGUGAAGAUAACUUGUUUUUGUUAGACAAUCAUCACACGCUGCUUGAUAGUCAUCAAAACAGAAAAUGUUUAUUUGUUAUAAAUGUGGAUCAAAGUGUUACUUGGAUAAAAAUUCAUUUCAUUCUCAGCUAUUGCUAUAUUUGUAUCAUGUGAUAUGACAAUUAUAUACAGACUUAAGACAUAUGAAGAGUUAAAAUUAAAUUAAUUGUUACUGUAAAAUGCAAAUAUUCUUUUGAAGACUU